AUGACGGGUUGUUUAGAAACAGAAACUACUAACUUUUGGUUUCAGGAUUUCCACAUGUACUUCAAUGGAUUUUGUUAUUGGAACGGGCGCGAGCAACUGAAGGAGUACCAUGAGUUCUAUAAUCUGGGAGAGAAUCAACUUCCUAGGCCAGUGAUCAUUUCGUUUGAUAUGGGUGAUGAGGUAUUUCACACUAUGUUGCUUCCGGAUUUUGUAUACGAGGGUUAUAUGUGGUGUUAUGUAUUACGUCUUAUGGCGUGGAAUGAAUCUGUAGCUAUUUUUGGCCUAGAUCAUGGUAUAACUCCUUAUGAGUCCUGGGGUUUAUGGGUGAUGGAUGACUCAAGUGGAGUUAAAAGCUGUUGGAUAAAGCAAUUCAGCCUUGUGAGCGAAGUGAUAUGCAUGGAUACUCCAUUGCAAUUUUGGAAGAGCGAUGAGAUUCUUAUUGUUUCGAGAGAAAGGCGUCUGGUCUCAUACAACCUGGAUACUGAACAGUUUAAGUAUCUACCUCUUAACAACAUGGAUUCUGAUAAUCUUGAAGCUGUUGUUUACAUGAAUAGUAUCGUUUCGGUUAAGGGAAGCAAUAGACGAACCGCGUUUUGA